AUGCUAGGGAACUUGGAUAAGGGUGAGAAAUUGCUUCCUCGUUCCGCCCUUUUCCUCGUUCCGCCCUUUCUCCUCGUUUCGCCCUUUUCUUCCUCGUUCCGCCCUUUCUCCUCGUUUCCGCCCUUUCUCCUCGUUCCACCCUUUCUCCUCGUCCCGCCCUUUCUCCUCGUUCCGCCCUUUCUCACUCGUUUCCGCCCUUUCUCCUCGUUCCGUCCUUUCUCCACGUUCCGCCCUUUCUCCUCGUUCCGCCCCUUUCUCCUCGUUCCGCCCUUUCUCCACGUUCCGCCCUUUCUCCUCGUUCCGCCCUUUCUCCUCGUUCCGCCUUUCUCCUCGUUCCGCCCUUUCUCCUCGUUCCGCCCUUUCUCCUCGUUUCCGCCCUUUCUCCUCGUUCCGCCCUUUCCUCCUCGUUCCGCCCUUCUCCCUCAUUCCGCCCUUUCUCCUCGUUCCGCCCUUUCUCCUCAUUCCGCCCUUUUCUCCUCGUUGCGCCCUUUCUCCUCAUUCCGCCCUUCCUCCCCAUCCCCCACUGUUCACCCCACGUUCCCUCCCUUGCGCUGCACUCGUCGUUUCCCUCCCUUGCUCUGCACUCGUCCGUUCCCGUCCCUUGCUCUGCACUCGUCGUCCCUCCCUGCUCUGCAACUCGUCGUUCCCUCCCUUGCUUCUGCACUCGUCGUUCCCUCCCUUGCCUCUGCACAUCGUCGUUCCCUCCCUUGCUCUGCACUCGUCGUUCCCCUCCACUUGCAUCUGCACUUCGUCGUUCCAUCCCUUGCUCUGCACUCCGUCCGUUCCGUCCCUUGCUCUGCACUCGUCGUUCCAUCCCUUUUUGCUCUGCACUCGUCGUUCCUUAUCCUCUCUGCACCAUCGUCGUUUCCCUCCCUUGACUCUGCACCUCGUCGUUCCCUCCCUUGCUCUGCACUCGUCGUUCCCUCCCUUGCUCUGCACUCGUCGUUCCCUCCCUUGCUCUGCACUCGUCGUUCCCUCCCUUGCUCUGCACUCGUCGUCCCCCCUGGCACCGUUCGUUCCCCUCCCUUGCUGCACUCGGUCGUUCCUCCCUUUGCUGCGGCACUCGUCGUUUCCCUCCCUGACUCGGUCACUCAGUCGUUCCCUCCCUUGCCUCUGCACUCGUCGUUCCCUCCCUUGAUCUGCACUCGUCGUUCCCUCCCUUGCUCUGACACUCCUCACAACACAUGCGUGCCAUCCCGCCAGUCCUCACUCACACCACACUUGCCAUUCCCGCCAACCCCUAUGCUAAAACCUCUCCUUCCCCUCUGUUCACCUCCUCUCCUCCCCUCUGUUCAACUCCUCUCCUCCCCUCUCUUCACCUCCUCUCCUCCCCUCUCUUCACCUCCUUCUCCUCCCGGUGGUCUGUUCAACUCCUCUCCUCCCCUCUGUUCACCUCCUAUCCUCCCCUCUGUUCACCUCCUCUCCUCCCCUCUGUUCACCUCCUAUCCUCCCCUCUGUUCACCGCCUAUCUUUCCCUCUGUUCACCUCCUCUCCUCCCCUCUGUUCACCUCCUCUCCUCCCCUCUGUUCACCUCCUCUCCUCCCUCUGUUCACCUCCUCUCCUCCCCUCUGUUCACCUCCUCUCCUCCCCUCUGUUCACAUCCUCUCCUCCCCUCUGUUCACCUCCUCUCCUCCCUCUGUUCACCUCCUCUCCUCCCCUCUGUUCACCUCCUCUCCUCCCCACCACUUGCCACCUCUGCCACAAUUUCAGAACCCGCCACACGCCAUCCCCUCGCACCGGCCAUCCCGCCAUCCUCACAGUCACGGCACAUCAACCACACUCUCUCCCUCUCUUUCCUCCCUCUCUUUCCCUCUCUCCCCUCCCUCCCUUUCUCUCUUCCCUCUCUUCGCUUCCCCUCCCUCUUUUCCCUCUCCUCCCUCCCUUUCUCUCUUCCCUCUCGCGUUCCCCUCCCUCUCUUCCCUCUCUCUUCCCUCUCUCGCUUCCCUCCCUCUCUUCCCUCUCUCCCUCCCUUUCCUCUUCCCUCUCUCGCUUCCUCCCUCUCUUCCCUCUCUCCCUCUCUUCCCUCUCUCCUCUCUUUCUCUCUUCCCUCUCUCGCUGUCCCUCCCUCUCUUCCUCUCUCCUUCCUUUCUCUCUUCCCUCUCUCGCUUCCCUCCCUCUCUUCCCUCUCUCCCUCCCUUUCUCUCUUCCCUCUCUCGCUUCCCUCCCUCUCUUCCCUCUCUCCCUCUCUUCCCUCUCUCCCUCUCUUUCUCUCUUCCCUCUCUCGCUUCCCUCCCUCUCUUCCCUCUCUCCCUCCCUUUCUCUCUUCCCUCUCUCGCUUCCCUCCCUCCAUGUAUGGCGUCCCCUCCACCUCUCCCCGGCACAGGUAGCGAGAACUGGAUUGAGUUCGGAGUGCCCUUGGCAAGUAGGCAGCAGUGGCUCACACAGACAGACGUCUCAACACUCCCUUACUCCCAUUCCACCCGAACCCCCUCCCCUCCUCCCCUUUCCAGGCCUCUCCCCCUCCUCGUCCAGGCACAGGCAGCGUCUCCUCCACCCCUUCCCGGCACAGGGAGUGAGAACUGGAUCGAAUUUGGGGUGCCCUUGGCCGCAGUGGCGCACACAGAGCGGGAGGCUGAGACCAUGGCUGAUAUAUUCCGAGGAGAGAAGUACCUGCUUGGGAGGGACGAGCGUACGGGGCAGAUGCAGUGGGAGGAGGCAGAGGCGGUGGCUGGGAUGGGAUAUGCUGAGGAGAGAAGUACCUCCUUUGACAGGACGAGCGUAGUGUUGAAGGAAGGAGCACUCCCUCGGGACUUCCUCAGAGCGGCCCUGCAAGCCGCCUACCUCCGCACUCUAUCUCCACACGUCCUCUGCCCCACCAUUCAUUCCCUCGCCCCCCAAGCGCGCACCCACGUCCAAGCCCGCGCCGCCGAGUUUUCCUCCUUGGGGAAGCAGAUCAAGGUAGUGUUGAAGGAGGGGGCACUCCCAAGGGAUUUCCUCAGAGCGGCCCUGCAAGCCGCCUACCUCCGCACCCUCUCUCCACACGUCCUCUGCCCCACCAUCCACUCUCUCGCACCCCAAGCGCGCACCCACGUCCAAGCCCGCGCAGCCGAAUUCGCUUCCUUGGGGAAGCUAGAGGUGCUGCAUGCUUCGUAUGACCGCAUGGCUGCGGGGUUUGAUGGGUUGUGUGAGGCGCUGAGAGCGAAUGGGUGGCGCUGUGACGAUGGCUUGUUGGCUCGGCCAGGAGACUGGCGACUGCUGCUGGCACCUGAGGAGAAGAGGAAAUGA